CGUUCACAGACAACGUUACAAAUAUCAAUACUGCAGUAAUAAUACUGUAAAUGCAUUUCAAUGUGUUUUAAAUGUUAUUUUCAAAACACGUGAAUCAAGUGAUCAAUUGAUUGCCAUUUAAAGCGAUUCACAAAUAUUAGUGAUUUGUAUUGACUUUGUUUCGGCCAAACAAUGGUUGUCAUCAAAGACAAGAGUGUUAUCAAUAAAAUAAGAAAGGCAAAGACACGCAAAGGAAAGCGAUUUCUUGAGUCUCGAGAACCACAACUGAUUGAACAAACAAAGACUGCAAUCUUCUUGAGGUCUGCAAAUGCCAGUCAACGAUGUAUUGAUUUAAUUAAAGAUAUCUGUCUGCUAAAGAAGCCCAACAGUGUAUUCUUCAAUCGGAAAGAGACAUAUCAUCCCUUUGAAGACAUCACUUCCAUUGAAUUUAUGUGUAAUAAAAACAAUGCUUCGCUAUUCAUGUUUGCAAAUCAUUCGAAGAAACGACCGAACAAUUUGAUAAUCGGUCGAACAUUUGAUGACCACAUCCUUGAUAUGGUUGAGUUGGGAUUUGAUAAUUACAAAUCAUUAAAUGAGUUUAAGAUACCUAAGAUAGCAAUCGGCACAAAACCAAUAGUUUUAUUUAGUGGUCAACCCUUUGAUGUUGAACACGAUUAUCAACGAAUUAAGAACUUAUUGGUAGACUUUUUCAGCGGACCUAAUAUUGAAUCAAUUCGUUUGACUGGUUUAGAACAUGUCAUACAAUUCGUGGCAUUUGAUGGAAAAGUAUUUAUGAGAAGUUAUAAAGUGUUGCUUAAGAACUCAGGCACUCGAUUGCCACGUAUUGAACUCGAAGAGAUGGGUCCCAGAGUUGACUUCACUGUUCGCCGAACACAUUUAGCCUCACAAGACUUAUGGAAGCGUUCACUAAGACAACCGGAAGUGUUUAAGAAAAAGAUAGUUAAGAAUAUCAAUAGAGACAAAUUGGGCUCUACUUUAGGUCGCAUUCAUAUGAGACGACAAGAUUAUAAAAGUUUGUCUCUAAGAAAGACAAAAGCUUUUAGAAAUUCAUCAAAAGAGAAGAACAUAAAGAAAAGUCUCGUUCCAACUGAAGACUCAAAUCAAUUAUUAGGUGAUAAUGAAAUGCCACCAAAAAAGAAGGUUCGCUUUGAAGGCUAAUAAUUUUUAUCUAUUUUAGUUACGGUUAUAAAUUCAAUCUCUAUAUACCAUACCUUUUAUUAUUACGAUAAUUGCAUUACUAAACUGUACACAAUUGUAACGAUAUCGUUACCUAUCGAUAUUUAUAAAGAAUAAAUUAAAUAAGUUUAAUA